CAGCCGGCGACCAUGGCGGAGGGGGUAACAGCAGAACCGGCGUCUCUCCUCCGCGGCCUCCCCGAUGAGAUCGUCCUCUGGGAGAUCCUCAUCCGCCUGCCCCCCAAAUACCUCCUCCGCUGCCGCGCCGUCCGCCGCGCCUGGCGCGCCGCCACCUCCGCCCGCGACUUCCUCCUGGCCCACCACGCCCGCCAGCCCAGCCUCCCCAUCUUCUCCGGCGACGACGCGUGGAUCCUCGGCGUCCACUACCACAACAUCCUCGCCUUCGACCACCGGGCCGCCACCGAGGACGACCAGCUCCACGCCGUCGCCCGGCUCGACGACGCCUUCCGACCGGUGGCCGCUUGCGACGGCCUGCUCGUCCUCUCCAAGCUGUCCACGCUUGGCUCUGCCGGCGCCUGCCUCUCCAUCUGCAACCCAGCCACGCGUGAGCAUGCUCUCCUCGGCCUACACUGCGACUUCGAAGUCAUGGGGAUGUACCUGCACCGCCCUACCGGCGAGCACCGUCUGUUGCUGCAGCGGAGGAGGUCCCAGGCAGCAUAUCUUCUGGUACAGAAAGAAGACCAAGCUGGCUGCUACGUCUUCUCGUUGGGCUCCGGCCAGCCGCCGAGGUACAUCGGGUGGCCGGAGAUGGCGUCUCUGAACUUCAGCGUACCUGUCUCGGCACGUGAUAGCCUGCAUUGGUACCCAGUGUAUUGUCCGACCGAAACAAACCCAUCGCUGUAUGAAAGCAAACUCAUAGUAUUCGACACCAUAUCCGAGUCGUUCCGGCUGAUGCGUGAGCCAACUAUUCUCGGCAGCUCAUAUGCCUUUGACAUGGAUGGCACGCUCGGCAUCUUUACCCGGAACCCUUCCACCAAAGCUAUCGAUAUACGGGUGCUGCACAACUACGAAAGCGAGGUUUGGGACUUGAAGUACCAGAUCAAAUUGCCGGUUGCUGAAAUCAGGAGGGAGUUUCAAGACUGUGGUGGAUAUUGGGAUUGGGAGUUGGAUGUCGUUUCGGUGGAUGGUGGCGUGCUCUUGCUUGUCCAGCUUCCUCGGUGGCUGCUUCAUGUUGAUAGUAAUGACAGAAUGGUUAACAGUUUCUAUCGGGGUCGCCGAUCGCUCUCUAUGACUGGUUUUCAGCUAAAGCAGAGUCUUGUUCGGCAUACCUUCUUUCCAGCUCUACAUGGUUAUGCUGUGAACGCUUCACCUUUCAUCCGACCUGUUGAGUGAGUGGUGAGCUGCAAUAUAUAUUGGUUGCAUGAAUUAUGAACCUGCUGGCUUCUUCUAAGUUAUGAUCAGAAACUCUGAAUAUGAUGUAGUUGCUUGAAAUCUAUGCUUGUCUCGGUAUGAUCAGAAGCUCUGAAUGUUAUGUGGUUGCAUGAAAUCUAUGCCUGUGUCGUUACCUUUUGGGCUGAAGUUACGGGUGUCUCUGUUGAUGCUAAAACCAAUUAGUCAUUUUGCCUUGAUUUUGAAACAUGUGCCUACUAAUAUAAUCAGUGCCAUUUCUCUAUUA